CUAAAACCUCUAAAAUCUCCUAGUGGCUGCGUCCAUGGCUCCUAUCAUCAGAAGGCUGAUUUAUUCACCUCUUUUUUCCAACUUGCUAAAUCAUAAAACCUCUACUCUGCUCGCUCCACUGUCUGUUCGUUCCUUCAGCACCAACCUUUGGACUUCGUUCGAUUCCAGCGAUGAAUUCUGCUCUAUCAACUGUCACGGCGGUUCAAUGACUCGCACCGACCAGUUCCACGCUCGUCGUGGUACACAUGAUCAGAUAACAGAGUAUCCAUGGCAACUGGAAGGACCACAAGGGACAUAUGAGGCAAAGAAAGUUGAUGAUGGUUUGUUUGUUAGGGUAGACAUGCCGGGCAUAGAUAAGAGUGAGGUUAAGAUCAAUGUGGAAGAAGAUAGCUUGGUUAUAAAAGGAGAAGGUCUUAAACAAUCAGAGCACGAGAGUAGUGGCAGGACCUAUGUUGGAAGCAUUGAUCUCUGCCCCAAUUUCUUCAAGUUGGAUGAGACAAAGGCUCAGAUGCGUAAUGGGAUUCUAAGGUUGAUCAUUCCCAAGAUGAAGGACGGUCAAAAAGAGUCCAAGACUGUUUCACAGAUCAGGGUAGAGUGACCACAAAUUGAUUAACUGAUCAUUGAUAUUUGUUUGCUUCUUUCAUGGCCUGCCUCUCCCUUUUUCCUUAUAAGAUUUUGUUGCUUCCGGUGUUAAAGGUUUUUUAAUAUAUAGUACUAGUUGAUUUGAUGGUAUUAGUGGCCAUUGGCACAAAUGUUGAUGAAAGUUUUUAGACUGGUAAGCAGUUGUUGAUA